GAAAAAACAAAAUGUAAGAGUUGUUUGGAGCAAGAAGCAAAUGAAAUGAACAGAGAAAGGAAUUGUUCUUCUUUCUCCGUUGGCUUUCAUCUUUCCCCAGAAGUCCCUUGAUCUUUCUCUCUCUCUGAGCUGAAUUAGGGGGUCAAAUUGAAUGAAACACACAGACCCACAUGUUGAUUUUGCGUUCUCUUUUGGUUUUGCUUAAAAGGGUCUCGUUUUUCUGAAUAGCCAGUGAAAAAGUUUGCACCUUUGGCCCCAAAACUUGAAGAGUGGAGGGAGAUUCACCAUAAUUCCUCACAUCCAUGGAAGAAUCAAAUGAGUUGCAUUCAGAAGACAAUAAAGACUCUAUGGAGAAAAACAAGAAAAGAAGGCUCAAAACUCCUGCCCAGGUUAUGGCCUUGGAAAAAUUUUAUGAUGAGUACAAAUAUCCUACAGAGGAAAUGAAAUUAGAACUUGCAGAUGAAUUAGCGUUGACAGAAAAGCAAAUAUCUGGAUGGUUUUGCCACAGAAGGUUAAAAGAUAAAAAAUUGUUGAAAAAUGAAGUACAUGCUAAUGGACGACAAGAUCGUUCAAGUGGUGUCAUCCAUGAUCGUGGCAGUGGGCUAGGGCAGGAUUCAUGUGGAAGCACCAAACACGGUGAUUAUAGGUAUAUGGAUCCCAAAGAGGUUGAGAGUCAUGGCCUCUAUAACCAUGACUUUUCAGCUGCUGAUAUGACCUAUGCACAUAGGAACCAUUAUACAGAAAAUGAUAGUGCAACAGAUAAUACAUCAUCUGAGAGUAGCUCAUCUUUGCAAGAACGGUUGUUUCCUCAAGGCCAGGAUCCAUAUGAUAUGGAGGAUUCUAGAUAUUUAACACCUAACGGAGCUCUUCCACCCCGAAAUCCCAAGGGUGCAAUUAACAUGGGAUAUAAACCAUCUGGAUAUUUGAAAGUGAAGGGAGAGAUAGAAAAUGCUGCUAUAACUGCUGUUAAGAAGCAAUUAGGAAGGCAUUAUCUGGAAGAUGGUCCACUACUUAGUGUCGAUUUUGAUACAAUUCCUCCAGGGGCAUUUGAAUGUCAAAAUGCAGAUCCCGUUGAUGAACCAUACUAUGUUCCAAAUCCUGCUCUUCCAAAUUCUCCAGAAGUCUCUGCUGUGAAAAGGCAAUCCAGUCUUAACUCCAGAUAUGAUCCAUAUUUUACCAAAUUGAAUUCCCAAGAUUCACAUAUGGAAGGAGGUGACUUUGGCUCCUUGCAUGAUUCUGAUUUCCGGGAUAAGCAUGAUAAGAAAGCCGGCCGACAUAUAAAACAAAGACCAACUUUUCACAGUUGUACAAAUCCUUUGCCUGGCAGGAGCUCUUCCCUGGAUUUGUAUGUAGACUCUACUGGGGAAGCAUCUGCUUAUAAUAGCACUAAGAAUCAUAGGAAGGGCACUAAGCUUGGUGUUGAGGGGAUGAGAUCUGAUUCUGCUUCAAACCCUAGUGAUAACUAUGAAGAGAAUAACCUUGUGGUUAAGCAGACAGAUUCAAUGCUACAUGGCUACGAUAACUUCAAUCUGAAGAAUGUGCAAAGGAGUGAAUAUGUAAAAUCUAAGCCUUCAAAUUCAAUACAUAAUUCUCGAAAAUCUGAGGAUAUUGAAGAAAGAGGGCUUUCUAAAAGGAUGGCAAAGGAAGAGAAGUUUAAUGGGGAUAGAAAGGUAAAAAAACUAUAUCAUGAUUCAGAUAGGGUAAUGAUGCUUUCAAAUGAAAUGGUUGCAAAACGAGCUAAAGUUGAUCUACCUCAAGAAUAUGAUGUUAAACAAGCACUCGUUGCUGAGAAGGAACCAAGGAAAAAUCAGAGAUCUGCUGCAGAGAUGCCAUCUAGCUUUAGUGAAGAUGAAACUGCUGAAACUAGUUCCUCACUGGAUUAAGUAUCGUUGACAAAUGGUAAAAAAAUGUGUAGGGUUUUCUCUAAGCCAUUAGGUGUGUACAGUCUUAAAAGACAGAUUUAUAUUGCCCAGUAUCAUGGGAGGCACUGUUUUGUGGCAGCAAGAAAGUCACAUGACUAACUUCAUUCGCUGUUGUGCUUGCCUAUUUACCUUUGUAACAAAAGAAGCCCCCCACCCCCUCUUCUUUCAGAGUUUUGGAUGUAAAAUCUUAUUUUCCUGCAGCUGCUUGUGGUAGGAGAGAUCCAAAUGCUGUUUAUACAUGUCCUUUUUUUAUUUUUUUUCCUUAAUGGUUCAAUUUUAUGACAGUGCCUUUGGCAUCCUGGUUUGGCUCAAUUGGGGUCCUUGCUUGGUAGAGUUAUCCACUUGUUUUUUUAUGCUUUUAGUUUUUUAGAAGAAUAAUUUUGAUUCACAUUGUAUGAGAAG